CAACAACAACCUGAUUCUGCGGUUACCACUUCCACAACACCACCUGGAGCAUCGUCAGAACCACCUUACAGCAUCUUCGACCAAAGACAAAAAUGGCUCAUUAUUGUGAUUAUUUCUACGGCGGCAACAUUCUCCGGCUUCGCAUCCAACAUUUACUUCCCGGCGCUGCCGACUAUUGCAACUGAUAUGAAUGUCUCUCUUGAGCUCAUUGAUCUUACGGUUACAUCGUAUCUUAUUUUUCAAGGUCUCGCACCUAGUCUCUGGGGACCUGUCUCUGACGUCAAUGGACGUCGAAUUGCAUACGCUUUCACUUUCAUCGUGUUCCUUGGUGCAUGUAUUGGACUAGCAGAAGCGAAAAAUUAUGCGAUGUUAAUUGUGUUACGAUGCUUGCAAAGCACGGGUAGUGCUAGCACAAUAGCCAUUGGAUCAGGUGUCAUUGGUGACAUUACUACCCGUGCUGAGCGGGGAGGCUUCAUGGGCAUCUUCCAAGCAGGCUUGUUAGUCCCGGUGGCCGUCGGACCAGUGAUCGGAGGUGCGUUGGCAGGAACGCUGGGAUGGAGAGCCAUAUUUUGGCUUCUUGUUAUUUACAGUGGGGUCUUCUUGAUAGCACUGUUGAUACUGCUGCCGGAGACUCUUCGGUCUGUGGUCGCAAAUGGCAGUCGAGUCCCAUCUCGCCUGAUCGCCAGAUAUCCAUUGAAUAUCUACAAAGAGACAACAACGGUGGAAUGGUACCGGAAACGCACUCCUCCUUCGACACCAAAAAAGCGAAUCAAUCUUACAGGCCCUUUUCGUAUUCUUGUCAGCAAGCACGCUGCUCCCAUCAUAGUUUUCCUCGCUAUUUAUUAUGCUGUAUGGCAGAUGAGCAUCACCGCCAUGUCAUCUCUAUUCAAGGAUCGAUACGGCUUGAGUGAGAUACAGAUUGGUCUCACUUUCAUCGCGAACGGCGUAGGCUCGAUGGUUGGGACUCUGAUUACUGGUAAGAUCUUGGAUCUAGACUAUCGAAAGAUCAAAGUCAAAUACGAGGCUCAGUCAGCUAUGAACAUCGAGGCGGGGACAGAAGCGUCACAAAAUCUAGAGCAGGAAGACUUCCCUCUUGAAAAGGCACGCCUGCGACUUGUGCCCAUAUUCUCCGUUCUUCAAUGCUUGUCGCUGAUCCUGUUCGGCUGGACUAUCCAAUACUCAGUUCAUAUCGCCGUGCCAAUAAUUUCCACCUUCAUUACUGGAUGGACUGUGGCUUCCAUGCAGUCUGUCAUAAUGACCUAUCUUGUUGAUAUUUAUCAUGAGAAAAGUGCCGCUGCUAGUGCUAGUAUCAAUCUUGCACGCUGCUUAUUCGCCGCAGGAGGCACAAGUUUCGUGAUGCCAUUAAUCGAUGCCGUUGGGGUUGGGGUGACAUUUACCAUCUGUGCUGCAGUUCAAUUUGUCGCACUAGGUGGUCCACUCAUACAGUGGCGAUUUGCCGCUGCGUGGAGGAAAGAGGCAGAGCAGCAUGAGACACAGGGGCAAGUUUCUUCUCCAAAGGCAUGA